UCAGAUCAGUCUCUGAAAUUUACAACAGACACUAACAGUGCAGUGCUGCUACACACACACAUAUAUAUAUAUAUAUAUACAUUUUUAUGUUUAUAUGGAUCUUGUCUUUGAUCUUGAUGAUCAUAAUAAGAAGAAUAAUUAUAACAAAUACUACUUCUCAUCGUCAAGUUCCUGCAGCCUGAAAAAAUCAAACGGCUUUGGCUCUGCAAUCGCGAAGCUGUUCCGUGUUCUAGAAGCUUCUUUCAUCUUCUUCUUCCUCGUCUGGGCCUCCACGCGCCUCCCCUUCGCCGUCAGAAUCUCAGGCGAGUACUUCCGGCGCCUCCUCAACCUCCUCCUCAGCCACUUCUCCAUCUUCCUCCUCAGUAAUUUCAUAGUCCUAACUCUCCUCUUCAAGUCGCGGAAGCAGGCCGCCGCCGCCGGAGACGCCAUCUCCGACGAUCUCUGCUACGAAAUUCUCAAAAAUCAUUGGAUCACGUCAGGCGGCGGAAGGUCUCCGUCGUCUUCUCCGCCGCCCCCGCCGGAGAAUAUUGUGUACGAGGACAAGCAGGCGAUUCUGGAAUUGCCAAAAGGCGUCGUCCGGAGGAGUCGAUCGGAGAAUCUGAGGAGAUCCGGCGGCGAUGGUGAUAACAAUAAGGUGCUGCGGCGGUCGGAGACGGCGGCGGACAAGUGGCGGCGGAGGGCGAUGGUGGAUGAGCUGAGCAACGAGGAGUUCCGGAGAGCGAUCGAAGCGUUCAUUGCUCGACAGAUAAAGUUUCACCGGGAAGAAAAGCUCGCCAUUGUUGUUCAUCGCUAGCUUUAAUUACCUAAUUAGCUUUCCGAUUCCACUUAAUUAGAGAAUAAUUAAAAUUAAAGGAAUCUUAAUUAAUUAGUUGCACGUCUUUAGUUAAAUCAAUUUAUUAAUUUAUAAAUAAUUAAAUUAACGUUAAUUCAUCUAUUUCCACCUAUUUCUAAAUCAUUUUUAUUUGGAGCCACAAACAUUACCCCGCAUAUUCC